CAGCGGAGUGUGCUGCUGUGGAGAACAAGGGAGCUAUGCACAACAGUGGGAAGCAACACAUGGGACUACAGAGAGCUAAGCCAAACAUCUGGUAAAUCAUCUCCUGACAGCUUGGGAUAUACCGAGAGAAGACCAAAUUCAACCAUGGUUUCCAUCGAGCAUGUAGCCCACAAGAUACUGACUUACAUCCCAUAUGUUCUUGUUUUGAUUGACAUGCGAUACGAGGGAGUGAAAUGCGGGAAGGAUGGAAGUGUCGACAAUCACAUGGAAAUGGGAAAGAAACUUCUUGCUGCUGGACAGCUGGCUGAUGCCCUCUCACAUUUUCAUGCUGCUGUGGAUGGAGACCCCAAGAAUUAUAUUGCGUACUACAGGAGGGCUACAGUGUUUCUUGCAAUGGGAAAAUCAAAGUCUGCACUGCCAGACCUAAGCAGAGUCAUUGAACUCAAACCAGACUUCACAUCUGCACGCCUUCAGAGAGGAAACCUCCUUCUGAAGCAAGGAAAGCUGGACGAAGCAGAAAGUGACUUCAAGAAGGUGCUCAACUCCAACCCUUCGAACAAAGAAGAGAAGGAAGCUACGAGCCAGCUGGCGAAGUCCGAUGAACUCCAGCGGCUUGUGGCCGAGGCGCACCGCAGCUACGGCAGCAAAGACUACAUGACAGCUGCUGCCCAGCUUGAGGCGAUAAUUGAAACCUGCGUUUGGGAUGUGACCUCUCGUGAGAUGAGAGCAGAGUGCUUCAUUCAGAUGGGAGAGAUGGGGAAGGCCAUCAGCGACCUCAAAGCUUUGUCCAAGCUGAAGAACGACAACACCCAGGCUUUCUACAAGCUCAGCACCAUCUACUAUAACCUCGGAGACCACGAGAUGUCACUCAAUGAGGUGCGCGAGUGCCUGAAGCUGGACCCGGAUCACAAGCAGUGUUUCAGCCAUUACAAACAGGUCAAGAAGCUCAACAAACAGAUCCAGUCUGCAGAGGAGCUCAUCCGAGAGCAGAGGUUUGAGGAGGCAGUGAGUAAAUAUGAAGCCGUUAUGAAGACUGAGCCCAAUGUUCCCCAGUUCUCUGCUCUGGCCAAGGAGAGAAUCUGCCACGCACUUUCACAGGCUCAGCAGGGGGCCAGGGCGGUCUCAGCGUGUAGCGAAGUCCUGCAGUCGGAUCCUGAGAACGUGAGCGUGCUGAAGGACAGAGCCGAGGCCUACGUUCAAGACGAACAGUAUGAAGAAGCCAUUAAAGACUAUGAGACUGCAGCAAAACACAGCGAGAACGACCAUGAGAUUAAAGAAGGCCUGGAAAAAGCUCAGCGACUUCUCAAACAGUCACAAAGGAGGGAUUACUACAAGAUUCUUGGAGUGAAGAGAACUGCCCAGAAAAAAGAGAUUAUCCGUGCCUACAGAAAACUGGCCCAACAGUGGCACCCUGACAACUUCCAGGACCCGGAGGAGAAGAAGAAAGCAGAGAAGAAGUUCAUAGACAUCGCUCAGGCUAAAGAGGUUCUCACCGAUCCAGAAAUGAGAACCAAGUUCGACCAUGGCGAAGACCCCAUGGAUCCAGAGAGCCAGCAGGGCCACCAUCACCCGUUCCACGGAGGUUUCCACGGCUUCCAGGGUUUCAACCCGUUUGGCUCCGGACCCUUCAACUUCAAAUUUAGCUACAACUGAGAAGUCUUGGUAUGAAGCACAAGUGGAGCGGAUUUUCCUUUCCUCCCUAUUUGAAAGGGAGAUCACUGGCAUGAAAAAAACAUGUCAGUUCCUAAGUGUCAGAAAAAUGUGGAGUGAAUGGUGACUUUAAUUAAAAACUCAUCUCUGUUGUUGAAUAAUGCAACCUCGAGUGCCGCCUGGGGGCUGGGGCGGGUAUAUCUGUAUCUGCCUUGUGUGAAGCAGCUUAUUUGUCAACAUGAAGUUCAUUCUGACAUUCGGAUUGUUUCCAUGUGUUUACACACUCUGCAAUUCACAUCCACUCACCUGAUUAAAUUUAUUCAUAAACACUAUUUUUUAUAUGAAUGGAUUUUUGCUGAACUGUAAAUAAAAAAAGCUAUUUAUGUACAUGAA